CCGGCAGCGGGAAUCUUCCCCGGACGCUUCCCUGACGGAGCGUCGCGCCUUCUGGGCUCUCCUAGGAAGCCACAGUUUAUGACGCCAUGGCCGCCGCCUUGGCUGGACUCACGUUGCCCGCUGUCGUGGAGGAACUCCUGACUGAGAUGGCCGCGGCGGUGCAGGAGAACGCGCGAAUUCCUGAUGAGCAUUUAUCAUUGCUGAAGUUCAUCUUUGGCCCAUCAGCCAUUCAGGCCUUGGACCUUGUUGAUCGACAGUCCAUCACCUUAAUCUCAUCGCCCAGUGGGAGGCGUGUUUACCAGGUACUUGGAAGUUCUGGUAAAACGUACACUUGUUUGGCUUCUUGUCAUUACUGUUCAUGUCCUGCGUUUGCCUUCUCCGUGCUGCGGAAGAGUGACAGCCUGCUGUGCAAGCAUCUCUUGGCAGUUUAUCUUAGCCAGGUGACAGGAACCUGCCGACAGCUGAAGGUCUCUGACAAGCAACUGACAGACGUAUUAUUCGCAGAGAAGAAACAAAAAGCAUAAAAGGUAUAAAUUAAGCAUCAUUAUCUUUCAAAAUAGAAGUCCCACCAGGAAACACGUGGUUCACGUGGAAGAGAGGUGAAAUAAUCUUCUGGAGACUUCUUGUUACUGUCCCUCUUCCCUCCUGGACAAGAGACUGUGAGUUGCAACCCAGGAUGUGUGUAUGGUUUGAAGUUCUGUACAGUUCUUGUGGAAAAUCAGAACCCGCCUGUGAGGCCCUUGGAUACAUUUCUGAGGUGGAAUCAAGCAUUUUAGACUCAAACAAACCCUAAUGUCUAUCACACCCUGUCUGCAAUUAGAUGAAGUUACUGAAGUACUUAGUAAUUUUUAAGAGGUUGGAAUGGUAGAUGAAACUGGUAAGAAAAAGUUUAGAUGAGUUAAGUGUUACUUCUUUUCUUUGGGUCCAGGGAAUCACCCUGCAGCAACAAAAGAGCAGAGCAGAGCUAUGGCUAAGCAGCAGCAACUAUAAAAAGACUCCGGGGUUGUAGUUUCACUGAGCUUCAGCUCCCGGUGGUGUUGCCAAAAAAGCUUACAUAAGCUGUAUUGUUAGAAAGGUGUAUCUGAAGCAAGGAAAGGGCUGGUUUUGUUCUGCGUGCGUUUCUGAGCUUUAUAAGAAGCCAAAUGAAGGAAGAGACUGAAAGUCAUGCCCUGAAGGAAGUAGAGAAACCACUAGGGAUUUCCAGUCUGAACAAGAAAACGCAAAAGAGACUCCAAGAGAAGAGUUUUAGAAGGGAGGGAGAUGGGACUCGUCUGGACCCCAAGAGAGUGAGGGGUAAGGACAGAUGGCAGUGAAGAUGAGGCCACCUCAGCCCAGAAGAACUUCCUAAGGAAAGCCAUUCAUGGCCAGAACGGGAGCCUGGAAGGCCAGGCAUGCUCUCUGCGGGGCUUGCACACCUGCAGCGUCCUUGUGCAGAUAUUACAGCAGUGAACACACAGAGGGGAGAGACUUUACGGCCCAGGAAACACGAGGUGCAGGUGCUGGAGAGCCGUGUGACCGGCUCACAGGCUGUGCAGCGUUCUCUGGUGGCCAGAGCCUUGGGUUCCGUGGAGGCGCAGCACACAAAAGCUGUCAGGACUUUCCUACUUGGGAAGCUUGGGCUGGGUAUAAACUUCUCCCUUUAAGCAGUCUUCAGAACAAAGAAUAGAAGGUAGAUUCAGCACCCUGAGCUUGUUUUUUAAGUUUUAUUUUUAUUUCAUGUCAUACACAUACACAGUUCUAGGAUUUUACUUAUUAAAAUUUUCGCACUUGGGCUCCAGCAACUUGGCCAAACGUCAGCUUGGUAGAGAACUAAAAAUCACUGCCUAACUCUAGAAGGGGAAGAUGCAGUCUGGAAGAGGAGGGAUCCAUCCCAUUUCUCCAGUUUCUUCCUCUAGGGUAUGGCUUUGCAGUAUGCGGAGAAGAAUGUUAGGAAAAUUGUUAUCUGAUAUUCUGCUUCAGAACUUAUUCGAGUGUCAUGUCCCCAAAUAAAUACAGCAGUUUCUUGACUGAAGAAUUAAACUUUUAAUUUUCCUGGUCACCUUCCUAGGAAUAAGUAUGUAUUUUUAGUAUGUCUAACUUUUGUUUUUCCAUUGCUUCUAAAUUAAAAAAUAUUUGUAUUACAAUA